AUGGUUAAGAUUGCAAUUGCUGGCGGCGCCGGUGGUGUCGGACAGGAAAUCGUCGAUGCACUCGUCGCUACCAAGAAGCAUGAGAUUAUCCUUCUUUCUCGCAGGGACGCGCCAUCCGACUCUGGAUCUAUCCCUGAGGGAGCUACCUGGAUCAAGGUCGACUACGCAAGCGUGGAACAGUUGACGCAGGUCUUACAGGGUGUGCAUACUGUACUUUCCUUCGUGACUGAAUCAACAGGAGAAGGAAGUCCUGUUCAAUUCAACCUCAUAGAUGCCUCUGUGAAAGCUGGUGUCAAACGAUUUGCGCCCAGCGAAUGGGCCUCUUCCGGUUUUACUCACAUGGGUUGGUAUGCCUUCAAGGAAGCCACACGCCAAUGCCUCAAAGACUUGAACAAGGACAAGAAGGUCCUUGAGUAUACACUGUUCCACCCCGGAUACUUCGUCAACUAUCUCACAUGCCCAUAUCCUUCCAUGAAGUAUAUCCCAUUCGCGGAACUCCCAUGGGACCUGAAUAAUCGCCGCUGGAUCGGAAUUGAGGGAGGCGAGAACGCUCGCAUAAGCUUGACUACUGUCAACGAUGUCCGUAACGUUGUUGUUCAAGCCAUUGAGUUUGAAGGAGAGUGGCCUGUUGAUGGUGGCAUCCGAGGCGAUGACAUCUCAAUGGGCGAGUUCCUUGCCAUAGCAGAGAAAGUUCGCGGUGGUCAGCCAUUCACUGUUGAAAAUCGCGAGGCUCAGGAGUUUGAGGCCGGUACAUGGGCGACUUCGUGGACCCCGGCUUUUGAACACCCUGCCAUUCCAAGGGAGAAACGUGCCUCGAUGGCCAAGGUCAUUACUGGUGGUAUGUUGCUGGCCGUUAAUGCAAACCAGCUGCAUGUUUCUGAUAGCUGGAACAAACUGCUUCCUGACUACCAAUUCACAUCUGUUGAUGACUUUUUGACUGAGGCAUGGAGUGAAUUCCCGGUUUAG